AUGGAGGUAAGCUCCACCUUCAUCUCCACCAGAUCGUCGAAAUAUUUCACCCUAACUUCCUACUCUCCGGUGAUUCUUCCGGCUUCUAGUCUCCGCUCCAUCCGCGCUGAUUUCCUCGGCAGCUGCCAUACUCUCCGUCCUCCUCAUCAUCUUCGAACGCGCGCUGGAAAACGGAAAUCUGGUCGUUCUUCUAUUCGAUCGCCGCGUUUGGUCGUUAGAGCUUCCAUCGACUCUGGUUUGAUCCUUGUUGUUGUGGCUGUGACCGCUUUUUCUGCCAUUGCUUUCGCUUACUGCCAAUAUACUUUCAGAAAACGGAAGAUUUCCGAUGAGGUUGUAGCAUCUCCUCCGGUAACGCUUCAUGGUGGAAAAAUCAGUACUGAGAAUCGGCGGGAAAGUCAUUUAGAUGGUGGAGAUGUUCAUGAAGGAAAUCCUGUGGAAAUCAAUGGAGGUUUCAGAAAAAAGGAGGAAGAGGAGGCUCAUCAAAUCCAGGAAACUGCUGUGAUGGAGUACGUGGCAGCUGAGGAUUCGCGGUUUGCUGUUGCCAGUGUCAGCACAAUUGCCAAUGAACAUAGUUUCAUAGAUGAAUCCCUUUCAUCUUCUAUUAGCCAUGGGUCUGUUGCUUUGGAAACAGCUACAGUGGGAGCAAAAAAACCUGAAAAAGAAGUUGAAAGCAUCGAAGAGAAGGGUAUGGACUAUGAUUUUUCAGAGGUAGUGGUGGGGAAUCAUUCGGUUGCUGCUCCACAUGUGGUUGAUGAUGAUAUACGUGCUGUAGAGUAUGAGUAUAACGGUUUGCUCCAGAAGCCUAUUGAAUACAGCAUCUUCACGGAGACCAAGAGAGAAGAUAUACACACGUUUUAUGGGCCUAAUCAUUCAUUAGCCAAGUCUUCAAGGUUGCCAAGUGUUAAAGCAGUCUCUCCUACUGUUACUUCUUCUGCAACUGAUAGUCUAUUGUUGGACCACAAGAGCAAUGGAAUCAUUGAUACUCAGUUCUCAGGACAUAGUUCUGGUCAUGCUACUGUUGUAGGUGAUGUUGAAGAAGAAACACGUGUGGGACACGGUAAUGGCGGUUUAACCCACAAAAGGAAAGAGGAAAGAAGAGACUGGAAAUUUCCAGACGGUGGGAAGCAUGUGGUUCACCAAACUGAUGAAAGCAUGCCUCAGUUCCCUUCUCAGAUACUUAAUAGUAAUGGGCGUUCUCCAGAAACUAGUGAUGCCUACAACCGUUUACUUAGAGAUGGAAGGGUAAAGGAUUGCAUAAGCUUACUUGAAGAUUGGGAGAAAAGGGAUAUAUUGGACAUGGACAAGAUUUAUCAUGCAAGCUUCUUUAAAGUCUGCAAGAAGCAAAGGGCUGUCAAGGAAGCAUUUCGCUUUACCAAGUUGAUUCCAAAUCCAACCUUGAGCACAUUCAAUAUGUUAAUGUCUGUCUGUGCAAGCUCCCAGGACAUAGAAGGAGCUCGGGGAGUUUUGCAUCUGGUGAAAGAGAGCGGUUUGAUGGCUGAUUGUAAACUGUACACAACGUUAAUAUCAAGUUGUGCUAAAAGCGGGAAAGUUGAUGCAAUGUUUGAGGUGUUCCACCAGAUGGCAAAUUCUGGAGUGGAACCCAAUCUUCACACGUAUGGAGCACUUAUUGAUGGCUGUGCCAGAGCUGGACAAGUAGCUAAGGCAUUUGGUGCUUAUGGAAUUUUAAGGUCUAAGAAUGUUAAGCCAGACCGGGUUGUAUUCAAUGCCCUCAUCUCUGCAUGUGGUCAAUCAGGAGCUGUUGAUCGUGCUUUUGAUGUGUUAGCUGAAAUGAAUGCUGAGACGCACCCUAUAGACCCUGAUCAUAUCACGAUUGGGGCACUGAUGAAAGCAUGUUUUAAUGCUGGUCAGGUCGAACGAGCUAAAGAAGUAUACAAGAUGAUCCAAAAAUAUGGAAUAAGGGGUACUCCAGAAGUUUAUACCAUUGCUGUCAAUAGUUGCAGCAAGUCUGGAGACUGGGAGUUUGCAUGUAGUAUAUACAAUGACAUGAAAGAGAAAGGUGUGACCCCUGAUGAGGUGUUUUUCAGUGCACUGAUCGAUGUUGCAGGACAUGCGAAAAUGUUAGACGAAGCUUUUGGCAUUCUUCAGGAUGCGAGAUCUCAAGGAAUACGUCUGGGAACUAUAUCAUAUAGCUCACUGAUGGGAGCUUGUUGUAAUGCGAAAAACUGGAAGAAAGCACUGGAGCUCUAUGAAAAGAUCAAGUCAAUCAGACUUAGACCAACUGUUUCAACAAUGAAUGCCCUUAUAACUGCCUUGUGUGAAGGUGGUCAACUUCCCAAGGCUAUGGAAUAUCUUGAUGAGAUAAAGACUCUGGGAUUAACACCAAACACUAUCACUUACUCUAUGCUCAUGCGGGCAAGUGAAAGAAAGGAUGACUUUGAGGUAAGCUUCAAGCUCCUUUCUCAAGCAAAAGAAGAUGGAAUAUCCCCAAACUUCAUUAUGUGCAGAUGCAUAACCAGCCUGUGCAAGCGAAGGUUCGAGAAGGCUUGCGCUGCUGGUGAACCUGUUGUGUCUUUCAAAUCAGGGCGACCUCAGAUUGAAAAUAAAUGGACAUCAAUGGCCUUAAUGGUUUACCGAGAGGCGAUUUUAGGCGGCACGGUUCCUACAACAGAAGUAGUUUCACAAGUUUUGGGAUGCUUGCAACUUCCACAUGAUGCUGAUUUUCGGGAUAGGCUGAUUUCGAAUUUAGGCAACACUUCUUCGCAAAAACAACAUAACAUAUUUCCACUAGUUGAAGGAUUUGGAGAGUAUGAUCCUCGUGCAUUCUCCUUGCUUGAGGAAGCUACUUCUCUUGGAGUUCUUCCUUCUGUGUCCUUCAAUAAAGUUCCAUUGUUUUUUGAUACGACAGAAUUGCCGAACAACGUGGCUGAGGUUUACCUCUUAACCAUCUUUAAAGGUCUUAAGCAUCGUCUUGCAGCUGGUGCGAAGAUACCUCAUAUUAAUGUGAUCAUUACCGUGGAAGAGAAGGAACUUACGAUUCCGGAAAGAGAGAAGACAAUUGAUCUUGCAGGAAGGGUCGGUCAAGAAAUUUCCGCAUUGUUGAGAAGGUUGGGGAUACCAUAUCAUAGAAAGGAUUCAAGAUUAAGAAUCAAUGGCGUUUCUCUGAAGAACUGGUUUCAACCAAAGCUUGAUUCGCCUUUCUCUAGCAAACCAGGAGAUUUAAGAUCAUCACAAGUACCAUUAGGAAACCAGAUUAGUCGUCAGCAACGCAGCAUUCGGCUAGGGAACUUGUCACUUUAG